AUGUUUAUCAGAACUGCGAGCGCAACCUACCACGAAUUCACCGCCGCUGUCCCUUCUGAUGCGAAGAAAUACCCCCAGAAGAAAGUCUACGGCAACUACGACCCCGUCAAAGUAGAGACAAAGUUCAUUGAUCUUCAAGGUUUCAACAUUACCUACAGAAGGGCGGUUUCAACUGAUCCUGAUUUUUAUGAGCAGAAACGACAUCCCGUUCCAAUAAUUCUUCUCCAUGGGCCGGACUGGGCGUCUGAAACAUGGGAGUGGAUGGGAACAAUGCAGAAACUAGUUGAGUUUGGUUUCGACCCCGUUGCUGUGAAUAUGCCAGAGUCUUUGCCGGAUGAUGAAAAAGCUGAUGUAAAUAUUGCGUUCUUUGAUGAGAUGAUGAAGAAACUCAAGCUUGACAGACCUGUUAUUUUGACUGCUUCCGUGACGCAUCGAUACGCAAUCGGCUGGAUUCAUAAGCAUGCUUCAGACGACAAAAUUCGAGGAUGGAUAAGUUUGGCGCCAAUGUCUACUCAUGCCUUUCCGAAAGAAAAUUACGUGCAAAUGCUGAUUCCAAACCUGACCAUUGUCAGGGCCAGCGAUGGUGCUGGAAGAAGACUUUAUGAUCGUGAUAUAUUAAAAAUGCCGAAUACAAAGCUCGAAGUUUUCCCUUCCCAAGUUGAGGAUCGAGAAAGAGUGCCGAUGUUCGACAAUCCGAAGCUUUUUCAUAUUCUGCUGCUGAAUUUCCUUCAUGACAUAAAUGAGGGCGUUUAUGAUAUUCCUGAUAUGUUAACUGAAGUUCCUUGA